UGUAACGUGUCUCUCUGUUGAUGUGGUUUUAUAGUAUAGCAGCCUUUAUUUUAUAUGCAAAGCUUUCAUUUUCAAUUGUAGAGGAUUAUGUUGGACUGUGCUUUGUUAUUUUCAUGUCCAUCCUUGUAUCUAAGUACUUUGAAACUGUCAUGCUGAUCAAAAGUGCAAAUCAAAGUUAUCUUCAAAUCUUUAAAAUGAUACUUGAGUGUAACAAGCUUAAAGUGUUGGAUACAUUUUUGCCUGUAGGCGAGGUUAAUUUGAAAACGCCAAGAUGGCUUUCUUCAGGAAGUUCUUCAAAGAUAUCGUCAGUAAAAGGGACCCUGAAGAGGACGAUUCGUUCCAAGUGACCCAUAAGAAGCCAGAGUUUCACGGAACCAUCGCCCCUUACCCGAACUUCAACCCAAGGAAGGACGUUAUUUUCCUGGAGGAAGCCAUCAACUCCAGAAAUGUGGACGAAGACACGAUCAUCUCAGUGCUUGUGCAGAGAAGCAAUGAACAACGGCAGGAGAUCAAGAGGGCCUUCGAGGCCGACACUGGAAAGUCUCUGGCUGAUGAGCUGAAAUCUGAGCUAAGGUCCCACCUGGAAGAUGUUGUUCUGGCUCUGCUCAUGAAACCUGCUCAGUAUGAUGCCUUCAUAAUCAGGAAAGCCACCAAGGGUUUCGGCACGAAUGAAGACGUCAUCGUGGAAGUUCUCGCAUCCAGGACAAAUCAACAGAUUCGUGAGCUUCAAGAGGCUUUUAAAGAAGAAUAUGGCCAGACCAUGGAAGAGGUCAUCGACAGUGAAACCGACGGGGACUUUGCCUUGGCUCUGCACGCCAUGUUGAAGGCCAACAAAAAUGAGGGUCAUAUCGUAGACCUAGCACUGGCCAAAAAGGAUGCGAGGGAACUCUUUGAGGCAGGCGAGGAACACAAAGAUAUCGACAUCUCGGUCUUCAUCGACAUCCUGACCACCCGCAGCGGGCCCCAGCUGACCCAGACCUUUAAGCAUUAUUCCAAGAUAAGUGACGUGAACCUACCAAAGGCCCUUGACAUGGAGCUGAGGGGAGACAUUGAAGACUGCCUAAUUGACAUUGUGAAAUGUUCCUGGAGCAAGCCUGCUUUCUUCGCUGAAAGACUGCACAAAGCAAUGGAGGGCCACGGCACCUGUGAGGACACCCUGAUGAGGGUGCUAGUGGCCCGCUCCGAGGUGGACCUGAAGAAGAUCAUCUCCGAGUUCGAGCUGAUGUACGGCAAGACCCUGCAGCAGUGCAUCUUGGAUGACACCAAGGGCCACUUGGAGAAGAUCUUGCUGGGUUUGUGCGGACCCAACUAGAGCGCAGCUGCUGGUCUACUGGUGGACGUGGAUUUAUUGCUGAUCGCUGUCAUAGUCGUGUCUAUUAAAAGGAAAAAAUGAGCAAAUGUUAAUGUUGAAAAUAUCAAAGUUCUUCACUAAGAUGUAAUAUUUAACUCAUAAAAAAUGUCCUGUACUUUGGUAAUCUUGUUUACUCCUUAUUUACCAUUGCUCCUCUCCACAACGUUUCCAGUGCAAUUAGACCGGACUCUUCCCAUUAUAACACAAAUAAACAAUAACUUGAUGUUUUAUGCAGACUAGGUUUACCCAUUUAAUGCACAUACAAUUCGACCUAAUGGGUUAAGUGAUGGCAGCAUAAACUGUGUGGCUGAAUGCUUUGUCAACUGGCUACUUUGGAUUAUUUACUCAUCCUCACCACUGGUUACUAAACCACAACAAGGACGAAAAAAAUGCUCUUAAUGUACAGCAAUAUGGAGUGGGCUGUUAAAUACAAAAAUACUCAGUUGAAAGAAUAUUUCUAGCUGUAAUUAAAAAUUUCAUGGCAUACAUUUUAUGUCGAU